UUCCAACGUGCGGUCACGCUGGUUUUGGGGUGUUUGGAAAUGUUCGAUAUUUGCGUAAAAAAUUCAAAGUUAAACGAAACUAACUAUGUAUUAAACGCUUAGUUUAAUUAGUACUAAGUGAAGUGGCCGCAACCAUUUCAAAAAGUGCACACCAAAUACGACAAAAUUAAUAAGCACAUUUCGAUAGAGAGCAAAGCAUUAAGUAUUGUGUGUGCGUGAGAGCGAGCUAUACCAAAGAAAAGAAAAAGAGACUCUCGGGAAGGAAGAUGUGUCUAUACUACGGCCUAAAUGAAUGAAAUGUGAAAAGUGUGUGUGUAUAUGUAAGGCAAGGCAAGGCAAGGCAGGCGACCAACCGAGCGCGCGUGAGUGUGUGUGAGUUGGUUGGUGUUUGUGUAUGUGCAUGCGUAUUUGCCUGAAUACGUAGUGUGUGUGUUGGUGUUGGUGUUGGUGUGAGCGCCUGCACACUGAAAGAAUCAAUAAAGGAUGUGCUGGAGAUUUUUGCAACUGUGAAGCAAGGAAAAGCAACAGCAAAAGCAGCAACAACACCUGCUUCAAUUUAGCAGCUGCAGGUGCAACAAAAUAUUGUGCAUUCUACUUUGUGCGUUCGCAAUGUAAUUUUCAAAAACGAUUUUGUGUAUUCAAAAUUAAAAAAAAAACACCACAAAAGUUAAAAGCGAAAAAAAAACACACGACACUAAAAACUAAAGGCAAAAAAAAAAACGUUGAAGAGAAAAAACUGCAAGUGGCAGGAGACGAAGUAGAAGAAGGAGAAGGAGAAGGCGAAAGAGAAGCAGUAGUAACAGCGAAAUUGUAACUUCAAUCAAUCAAUCAAUCAAUCAGUGAGGCAAGCAGUCGAGUAAGCAGUGCACAAUAUGAAGUGCUGCGUAAUAAUUGCGUGGAUGCUGCUGGCGAUUGCAGAGCUCUGCGCCUGCGUUGAAGUGCACUUCGAGGCACCGGACAGCGGCUUCUUUCUGAAGCACGCUCGCCAACCACCUGUGACACCGGAGAUCGCGAACGUGCAACAGACAUCAUCGUCGCUGCCACCGCUGAAGACCCGUUCCAACUAUGACUCGGUGCUGUCCCUGGAUCGCUUCACCGUCGUCGAGACCACGCAACCCGUCUCGAUCCGCGCCAGUUACGGACCCUUCUCGACGAAGCAAACUGUGCCCGCUCGCUACAUUGUGCCCGACACCAUGGACGCAGCGAAUCAGGCAGGCGACUAUGUGAACAACUCGACGGCGACGCUGCUGGAGCUGCAGCAACCGAACAUGCAUUUGGACAUCUCGGCGCAUUUGGUGCGCAACACCGUCUCCCAGGAUUCCCCCGUGUUGCGUGUUCUCUUCCAUGCCGGCGCCGAUCCUGGCGGCCAUCUGCAGCGCCAAAAGGUGUGUGUGCUCCUUCACGUGGCCAUGGCCAACGAACAGCCUCUCAAAGGUCGUUGCAUGCCCGAGGGCGAGGAUGGGGUCUGCGUUGCCGAGGUCGUAAUUCCCCUCAGCUGGUGGCCCGCAUUGCCAGCGCCACGUCACGGAGCGAAUGCGGCCCAAUCACCGCUGCCCCCGCCGAAGGCACCGCAACGUUACGCCCAGGUGUCGUACAGCGUCUUUGAGCCACCGCUGCGGAAUCCCGAACAAUGCGAGCCCAAGGUACAAAUCCAACCGUUGACGACGUUCGCUCAGGUGCCGCUGUUGGCCGCCAAGACUGCGUUCAAGGAAUUGCGUGCCGAUGACUCGGUUACGUUCCUGUUGCCCCAACAUCCGUUGUAUCCCAUGUCCAAGCUGCAUGUCCCUGUCUUUCUGCAUCAAUAUGCCGAGCAGGAGCAACGUGUCGCCGCUUUUACGGUGCGCGCUCGCGUCAAGGCCGGACUGAGGAUUAUGGGUGCGAGUGCGUCGAGCGAUUUGUGGAGCAUUAGCAUUGAGAAGGAGAAUCCCAAGCAUACCACCGCACGUGUCACAGCCUUUCGCAAGGACAUUGACUCCUCGGCCAGCAGCAGCAGCACUUCCAGCAUGGAGAGUCGCUCCAAUUACAGCAGCAGCAGCGGUAGCAAUGGAAAUGGCAAUGGCAACGAGGUCUAUGAGGUCUUCUCGUGGCUGCUGGAAGUCGCUGAUGAUAGCAACGAUAUACUCGAUGGGGGCAAGAUUGUUUGGUCCGUCACCCAUGUGUAUGAUGCACCCAAGGAUAAGGACUCGUCGGAAUUGAUAGCACCGGAUGAUACGAAAAAGCGUUUGAUUGCCAAGCUCGAGAUCAACAAGGAUGACAUUCAGGCCGUAUUGCCGAUGGCCAAGAUCUGGGAGGUGAUGAACACGGCGGUGCUGACUGGCCGACAAGUUGCCCAGGCCAUGAAGGUCUUCAUUGUCUCGCAGGCCGGCAAAGUGGCGGACGUUACGCUUCAGAGUUCGUGCCAUGCCGAAGACGAGAGCGUCAUCAAGGUUUCAUCGUCGUGCAGUUCCGUUUACGUGGAUGGCUCCGAGCAGCGUGGCUCAUCGAAUGCCUCGGUCAUUGUGAAGUAUGGCACCUAUGUGGGCGUGGCCAAGUUUAUUGUCUGGAUGCCCGAGUUUCCACUUGAAGUCUACAUAUCCGAUUUCCGUUUGUCCCAGAUCAAGGGAUGGAAAGUGACCGACGACAAUCAUUACAUCCACAACAAACAAUCGCGUCGUCGCAAGAAGCGAUCGUACAUGUGGAGUCAGCACGGCACCAGCUACUACAACAAUGUGGGCGCCGACAAGAGCAUCUGUCGAGCACGCUACCAGCAGAGUCCCGUUGAGGUCUACGCCAAGUUCUUGGCCAUCGAUCAGAACUCUGGCCGCAUUAGCUACUUCAUAUCCCGUCGCACCGGAUUGCGUGUCACAGACCUUGUGCAGCCGUUACUUCGCGUGGCAGAUCCCAAGAUUGCCUCACUCAAGGGACGCAUUCUGCAGGGCAAAUCGAUGGGACGCACCGAUGUGCAAGUGUUGUCACCGAUUACAGGACGAGUGAUUGGUACAAAGGAGAUCCGAGUCGGCAGCGACAAAGUGAAUCUAUCCAAGUUGAUUGUGCGCGUCAUCUCGGGAUUGCAAUUGACCAUAACGCCGGAGAAUGCCAUUGAGAAUGGUUAUCUAGCCGAGACAUCAGUUACACACAAGUUGACGGCACAAUAUCAAGAGGGAUUGCUCGAUAUUGAUUUAGAGUUUAGCGAUGGCUCAAAGACGCCUUUGCGUGAUAUUGCUGUCGAGGAUUACUUCCUUCUCGUGGAGAGUCUGGACACUGAAGUGGUGGCCUUUGCACCCAUGCUGGCAUCGCAUCAUCCACGUGUUAUUGCCGUCGGCGAGGGCAAUGGAAAUCUGUUGCGUGUCACUCUGUUGCUCUCGGAGGAAUGUCGCUUGCGUCGCGGUUCUGGAGCCGGCUCGAGUUCCGCAUCGAGUGCGUCGGUUGGCGUUGUCAAGCAGAAUAAACCAAAUGCUGCGCCGCUGGCAAGUGCUUUGGCCUCCAUUGAGGUGGACUUUAACAACGUGGACAUUGUGAGCAAACAGGAAUCGAUACAGAACGAUGGCACCGUGGGACGCGAACGCAAAAACUAUCGCAACACUGGGGAUUUAGCGGACAUUAUUGUUGGCAUUCCAUUGCGUGACUCCAGUCAGCAAUAUGAGCCCACGGUGCAGGCGCGUCAACAUCGCGCCAGUAUUCAGGCGGUGCACAAGUCACAUUAUGGUAAUCGUGGAUUUGCUGGGGGCAACAUGUCCUCCAUGGAGCUGGGCAUGUAUGUUCUCCUGACCGCCUUCUGCUUUGCCAUCAUUGUCUUCGUCAUCUCGUGCGUGGUUUAUGCAUCCAAAUUUCGUCCGGCCAUGAUUGAAUCGGGCUUGGAUCCUUUAUCCAGCGGUGGCAAGGGAAAUGCCAGCAAUAAUGGUGCAGCUGGCGGUGGCGGAGGUUUUCGUGAUGUGCGUCUCAAGGAGUCGACGACGAAUGCCCAUGACUGGGUCUGGCUGGGACGCUCCACAAUCGAUCGGCAGUCGGUGGCCGUGGAUGCACCACCACCACAGCAGCAACAACAACAACAGCAGCAGCCAGUGCAACAGCAACAGCAGCAUAUCAAUGCGCGUGAUUCUCGCAUGCGCAUCACCAGCAAUCCGAUCAUCACCUACGACAAUGGACGACGCAUCAGUUCGUUUGAUCAGCCGCAGCCCAAGCUGCAGACACACAUUGUGCCCGCUUCCAACUUGAACAAACUGCAUCAGGAACAACACUAUCUGGCCAAUGAGCGCAAGGAGACAGCAUUGGAUUAUAAGCCGCCAGUGCCGCCGCAUCGCAAUGUGGGCACGCGUGCCAUGUUGCCACCGCAGUUGCCACCGCAGACAGUGUCAAUCAAGGACAAGGAAUUGCUGAACAAGCGGCAUAGUCAGCACUUUAAGCGCGAGCAUAUGCUGAAUGAGAACAACAAUGCUGCGCAGUCGUUGCCACAGCAGCAGCAGCAACAACAACAACAGCAGCAGCCACAACAUCAACAACAGCAGCAGCAGCAGCCGCCACAGUUGCAUCAUCAUCAUCAGCAGCAGCAGCAGCCGGAACGUCAUCAUCAGCAUCAACGCAGUCACAGUCAUAGCCACAAUUUUAUGCAUGAGCCAGUGCUGCGUUCGGCUCACUUGAAGAUGAAGCAACAACAGCAGCAGCAGCAGCUACAGCAGCAACAACAACAGCAGCAGCAGCUGCAACAACAGCACGAAGAGUUGCACAACGCUGAGAAGCUGGUGGAGUACACAAAUCCGCAUCAGAAGAAUGCAUUUCAAUUCGAUUCGCUGACACCAAAGAGAGUUACCAAAGCAGCGGCCGUCGCUCAGGCUGCUCAGGCAGCAGCAGCAGCCGCCGCAGCAGCAGCAGCAGCCAACUCAGCAGCGGCAGCAACAAUUGUGGCACCAACAUCGCCAGCCAUAACACAAAUUAAAGAGAAUCACAACCACAGCAUAUUGAGCACCGUUGCCGAUGCGGCCAAUUCGAAUGCCACGGACAAGAUUGUACGGCUGCCGACACCGCCGGGAACCUUGACCUCAUCAGCCGGAGGAGGCGGAAGCGGAGGAGGUUCGACUGCUGUCAGCAGCGAGCCAACAACAAAAUCAUCGCGUGUGAAGAGAGCAACAGUUGUGGGCAAUCCGAUGUUCUCGGCAACUGUUGAUGACACAUUGGCACCUGGCGAGCGUCUGGGACUUGAUGAUCUCGACAUGGACUACGAGCAAAUCAUGCACUAUUUCGACAACCUAAAGGAAUCAAAUGCCUGAGUACAAGAGAUAAUUGCUAAAAUUCGCGAGAUAUUGUCAACAUUUCAUCAACGAUAUCAGAAUGUCGUUACGCCCAUGACAACGCCGACGAGGAAGCAGAUGCAGAUGCUUGAUCAGCUCGUCGAGGUGGCCGUUGCAGGUGUCCAAAAGGGUAACUAAAAUACACAUACACACAAACACACACACACACACAACAACACACAACUCUCUCUCUCUCUCAACGCAAUUCUAGCAAUCCAAAAUGUUUAAAAAGCAAGCAACAAAAUAUGAAAAUAAGAAAAAGAAAAUACUCUCUCGACGCUGAAAUCAAGUCAAAAAAAAGUAAACAAAAUUAACAAGUAUAUAGCAAGAACAACAACAACAGCAACAAGAAAAAAACAAAGGUAUUUAUUGCCUAGACUAAGUUCAUAUAGAAAGCAAAUAUAUAUAUAUAUAUGUACUUAUAUAUACGUAUAGUUAUAAUACCGAUAACAAAAUAUCGCACACACCUAGCACAAGUGGGUGUCACACCUUUGAAACUCUGUACUACUUAUAUACCAUAUACUAACUGUGGUAUAUUUGCAGUAUAUUUAGUAUAAAGUGCUUGAAAUGAAAGCAUCUGAAAGCAUAGCUUGUUCCAAUUGCUUCAACACACACAAUUAUUGCUUAUGAAAAUGCUUUUUGCAAAUGACAAAACCCCAAAAAACAAAAUACUAUAUAUAAAGAACAAAUUUAAUGAAUAACUAAACUUAACCCAAAAACAAAACAAGAAACGGACAAGUGUUAAGAAAAAUAAAAACGACAUAUUUUGUACGAGAUUUCGGCCUCAAAUGCAUAUCUCUAAACUCUUAUUAGAACUCUGGGAAAAAAAACCCAGAAGGAAACAAACAAAACGAAAAAAAAGAAGGAAAAUCCAACAAACCAUUCAAGCUGAAUUUUUGCAUUUGUGUAUUUGUUAUGGUGUAACUCUCGUGUUUCUUUUUGAAAAUCAAAAAAACCAAUUAAAUAAAAUCAAGAAUUAUAUAUGUAUUGUAUGACACGCCCCCCACUUGUGCUAUGUGUCUGUGUACGAUCCCCAAAUGGAAAAACAAAAACUGUAUGUAUAUCUCUCGGGGGGAACGCGGAAGAAUUUCACAACAAAAAAUAUGAUAUGAAUAUUUAUAAUACAAACAAAAAUAUCGAUCGCUUUAUAACUAUAUAAGUUGACGCAAUCAUAAAAAUGAAAAUUACAAAAUAUUAUUAAAAUGGUAAUCCAAAAAAAAAAAAGAAAAAAAAAAACGCGAAAAAAAGGAGAAAGAAUCAAGAGAGGAGCAGAACAGAAAUGAAAAGUAUAUAGACGCUUAUGAGCUUUAUUUGAACGAUUUGCAUAACCGAAGCGACGAUAAAGCAUGGGAAAUGUGUAACCAAAAAUAUUAUAUGAUAUUACCGAGCGUUUAAGCUUUAUAUAAUAUUAAUAUUAAACUAUUUCUAGGGUAUACAUGCGUAUUUAUUAUUAUUAUUAUUAUUAUCAUUGAUGAUUACUUAAUUAUUAUUAUUAUUAUACUUGGAUUAUGAUUAUUGAACAAAUCUUUUAAAAAACAAAAGAAAAAAACACAUAAAUCAAUUAUUAUACAACAAGAAAGAAAAGAAGAGAAAUCAAGUGCAAAAAAAAAGCAAAAGAAAAAAAAUCGUUUCGAACGCUGAUGCAAAAAGAAUUACGAAAAUAUAUAUAUGCCACAUUUUCGAUAUAUAUAUAUAUAUAUAUAUGUACAACUAUAUAUGUAUAUAGAUGUAUGUAUAAACUAACUGUAUGUGUAACUCACUCAUGCUCUAUAUAUACAAAAAGAAAAAAAAAAUGAACCCAUGGCAUACGCAUAUCCCUAUAUAUAUAUAGAUAUAUAUAUAUGUGUGUGUAUAACUGUAUAACAAAAUGCUAAAGCUAUAUGAUUUGUGUAAUUUAUCGUUUCGAUAUAUAGAGAAGGAUAUAUUAGAACAACCCGAAAGCUAAUUCAUUCCAUUAGCAAAAGUUUUCUUCUUCGUUUUUUAAUAUCUCGCACAUUAACUCAUCGUGGAUAAUCUAUCUCGAUAUAUAUAUUGAUAGCUAAUAUCCAUUUUUAUAUUUGUUGACUUCUUUUUCUUUUUUAUAUUAUCAAGUUGAAGUAUUACUUUGUGUUACAUCAUUACAUCAUUUUAAACAUUAUUUCAUAAUCAUAUGUUGUAAAUUGUUCCGUCCAACAAACGAAAAACAAAACAAAAAAAAAAAAGAAACGAAACGAAAUAUAAAAAAAAACUAAACAAAA